AGCCGAGUAUUGAGCUACCAGCUGACCUACUUUCUCUCAGCCACUCGGUCCUGUUUACAAGUCCCUGCCAGCGGAGGAUGUGGAGUACAGUGCCUGGAAAAUAGACAGACACAGCCCGCAACUAGCAAACACCACAAAAGGGACAUUUAGCUGGUGUGUUUUGUUGAUAAAUGAGGACUGUCAAAGCCACAGACAGCUCACCGGCGAUCAAUAACAGCACGUUUUUAACUUAGGCGUUGUUAUGCAAUGUAACGCUUUCGGUGCUCUCGUGGUGGUGACGUUAAGCUGCUAUGCUGUAGUUUAAAAAAAUGAACAGAUUGGUUAAAGUUAAGUGUCGACCAUUCUUUCUUCUGGACACACGUUUUCAAGGAUUUGGCGUUUCUUUGAUGGACUUGAGAAGGCUGUGGGCAACUGGUCCGUGAGAUGUUUUUUCCAAAAGGGUGCUCAGACGAGGUCAGCGCGGAUGGGACUAAUGAGAUCUGAGAGCGGGCCUGGCUGGGGACAGGAGUGAGCAUGGACAAUCUUUCUGACUUCGGGGGCACCUGUCCAUCCACACACAGGGAAUGGGACACCAACAGCUGUGUGGACGAUUUAAUGGAUGAAGAUGAGAAAGACAAGGCAAAAAGGGCGUCUCGUAACAAAUCGGAGAAGAAGAGAAGAGACCAAUUCAAUGUGCUCAUCAAGGAGCUAUGCACCAUGCUGCAGGGCCAAGGCCAUCCGCGCAAGAUGGACAAGUCCACCAUACUGCAGAGGACUAUCGACUUCCUGCAGAAACAGAAAGACAUCACUGCACAGAACGAAACCUGCGAUGUGAGGCAGGACUGGAAGCCUUCGUUCCUCAGCAAUGAGGAGUUCACUCAGCUGAUGUUGGAGGCCCUCGAUGGUUUCCUAAUAGCAUUAACUACAGACGGCAACAUCAUAUACGUAUCUGACAGUGUGUCUUCACUCAUUGGCCAUUUACCGUCCGAUAUGGUGGACCAAAAUAUCUUGAAUUUCCUCCCGGAGCGGGAACACGGGGAGGUGUAUAAGCUGCUAUCAUCCCACAUGCUGAUGACUGACCCCAUUGCUGCUGACUUUCUUGAAAGUGAGGAACAUAUUGAAUUUUGCUGCCAUCUAGCCAGAGAAAACAUUGACCCGAAUGAGCCGGUUGAGUACGAGUACGUCAAGUUUGUUGGAGAUUUCAAAUUCCAUAAUAAUGUGCCUACGUCUUCUUGUAACGGGCUGGAUUUGACGUUACCAAGAAGCCUGCAGACGUCUCUUGAAGAGCAGGUUUGCCUCAUCGCUACUGUACGAUUAGUCACUCCGCAAUUUCUAAAGGAUUUAUGUAAUGUGGAAGAUCCUUCUGAUGAAUUCACAUCCAGACACAGCCUUGAAUGGAAGUUUCUGUUUUUAGAUCACAGGGCAUCACCAAUCAUAGGAUAUUUACCCUUUGAGGUUCUUGGCACUUCAGGCUAUGAUUACUAUCAUGUGGAUGACUUGGAGCUUAUAGCUCAGUGUCAUAAGCAGCUAAUGCAGUUUGGAAAAGGUAAAUCCUGCUACUAUCGCUUCCUGACCAAAGGACAGCAGUGGAUUUGGUUGCAGACUCACUACUACAUCACAUACCACCAGUGGAACUCCAAACCUGAGUUCAUCGUCUGUACGCACACUGUCGUCAGUUAUGCUGAAGUGCGUGCUGAAAGGAGGCGAGCAUUUCGCUUUGAAGAGCUGUCUCCACCUGGAAUCGCUCCCUCUUCAGUGAAGGCUCAGGAGCUGUACCUGGACAUCUGCUCCACUCUGGACCCUCCACGGGACAGAACGAGCGGCGCACGUUCGGUUUCCUCCCACAGCUCCAGGAAGUCCUCCCCCACAGCAAUGUCAGACUCCGCAUCUAACUCCUACACGGAGGCGUGCACGCCGUCAUGGCAGUCUGCUUCCAUCGGCACAGAGAAGACCUCGUCCAAGUUCAAACCUAGUAGUUCAAAGAAUUUGACACAAAGACAAAACUCAUUCGACAUCGCUCCCCAAAUGAAUCUCCCCCUUUCCCCUACCCGCAGCAAGCACUCCACCCUGCAAACGCAGCCACAGCAAACGCAGCCACAGCAGCAGCAGCAGCAGCAGCAGCCGCCGUCGCCCAUGUACCCGCCACCGCCACAGCCUCAGGUCUGUGUGAUGAACCAGCUGAAGGAGCAGCUGGAGGAAAGGACGCGCAUUCUGCAAGCCGACAUUCAGACGCAGCAGCAGGAGCUGCAUGACAUUAAAGAGAAGCUUCACCUCGCUAAUAUCCAGGUGUUGUUACAGCAGCCUUCCCACAAUGACUUUGGCCAGGCCCAGCAGCAGCAGCAGCAGCAGCAGCAGCAGAACCAGAACCAGAACCAGUCAGGUGUGAUCAGGCAGCGCUCAGGCCACUCAAAACCAUCGUCCAGCAGGACCCACAGGUCAUCCCCUCACUCACUCCAGAGAGAGAACAGCUCACCGUCAAUACAGGUGCAGCAGAGGAUUGCGUGCAGCGGGCAGACCCAGCUGGUGAGCAUGCCUGUGCAGACCAACCCCAGUGUGACCAUGCCCUUCUACAGCAACCCCAUGAUGUUCUCUCAGACCAACACGCGCUCUCUGCAGGAUGCCAACCAAAGACAAACAGACGGCGAGUUCAACCAAGAAGGACAACUUCGCAUGCUACUCAACCAGCCAAUGCAGACGCUGGUUCCCACGAGCAGUGUUACCACGCAGCCUUCCCAGUGCAACAUGGGCAUCUCCCAAACCAUAUACACCUUGGAGCAGCAGAUCAUCGCCCCUUCGUUCUCCAUGCAACAGGUCAACUGCAACGCCGUCCUCGUGCCCUCCCCCUGCUUCACAUCCCCCAUAAUGAUCCCACCCAACGGUUUCAUCACAAACCAGUCCCAGUCGGGUUAUCAGACGCAGCCUCAGGCGUCUCAGCACUCCCUGCAGCUUCAGCAGCCCCAGCAGUUCUUUCAGAUGGCUCAAGGUCUGGUUCACGGCGGAUCAACUCCAGCGUUCUUACACACCACUAAUGUCCCACAGCAAAGCACUGUGGGAUACAUCCAGCAGCAUCAAACUCAGCAGCUCCCGCAGGCACAACAGCAACAGGUGCAACAGAUGCAAUAUCAACACUCCCAGAACCAGACUAGCAGUGUGUCAGACUUCAGAAAUAUGCUGACUCGGUAACGCAGUGCACCGCGUUCAGAGCGCUGAGAUCUCAACUCUGGGUUGCCGCAGUGCGGGCAGCAGAACGUCGUGGCAUUAGAAGUCGAGUUCUGUGGAAAGAAACGCCUGAAAGUGGAACGUUUUGCUCCUUACUGUUGGUGUUCAGUGGAGGUCGGUCAGUGGAAGCCAGAGGCAGAGGAGCACUGACCCGACGUUACCUGCGGGCUCUGAGGAGAGGCUGAGGGUCUGGACCUUCAUCUGUGGCCUGGAGUCAGUCAAAAGUGGAACUAUUGAAUCAAGCGGACUAUCAAAGCUCUCAAGAAGACGUCACUGUCACAUGUUUCAAUGUAAAAGAGAGUUCUAAAUGUCUCUUUGCAUUGUGGUACUGUCCUCCUUCCUAAAGGUAGAAUAUUUAUUUUUGCCCAUGAAUUAAUAUUCUUUUUUCCUCACUAAUAAUGGCUCGACGCCCCUCCCAAGACGUACAAUCUUAUAGUGUCAUCAUUUAGUUGGCAGAUAACAGAAGUUUCUCCCAUUCUGUCCACAAAACAACGAUUUACUGUUCAUGUCACGCAAAUGCAGCAGUGAGGAAUAUUCUUUGAUCAUUUCGAAAGAUCUAGAUUUUUGAACCCUCAAUCUGGUACUGAAAGCGGGAUCGUAAAACUGUCCCGCCCCUUAUCUUCGUAGAAGAAUAACAGUCCUAUACCAGAGGGGAAAUAUUUGUGCCUUUACCCAUGGUCCGCCCAUACUGCGGUUUGAUGGUUGUGUCAUUUGGAAUACAAAGUUAUAUUUUCGUAGAUCAAAGUUUAUUAUUUUCUGCAUCAGAUAAAACAAAAGACAUCUAGAUUUUUAACAUAUAUAACAAAUAUAUAUAUAUAUAUAUUGGAUGCUUUUUGCAACCUUUAAAUCUAAACACUUAUAGUAACACAUAAGAUUCAUUUAACUAUUUACUGAAACCCUUAAAUCACUUUUAUUUAUUUAAUAUAUUUUUGAAAAAUAUAUAUUAAGAAACUAGUUUUAUACAAAAAGGUUUAAGAUGAUUUUAUGUGUUUAUUUGGGUAUUGAAGGGUCAACGCUGGUCCUAAUGUCUCGCACCAUCUGGGUUCAUGUCAGAACAGUCCACUGACCUGUGUGGCUUUACAACAAAGUGAAAGCCUGGUGAUUUAAAUAUAUUGGAAAUAGUGAGAAACUUUGGUAGCCAUCUUGCCUGCUAUGUUGAUAAUUGUGAACACUAUAUCACCUUGUUUCUUCGGCAUUCCUGUUGUUUUCUGUUCAUUUUGUCUGAUUUAAAUGGCCAUCUGAGAAGUCACUAAAUGUAAACUGUGAUCAUGACCAAAUUACCUUUUUAAAUCGCAUCCUACUCUGAAAGUGAUCUCAUCAAAAACUGAAAAUAGUGCGAACAAAUUAUUACAGAAACCUCCAAUGCAUUAUUGUAUCAUACAGAGGCAGCAUUAACAAACAACACAUACAUUUGACAUUAUUUUACCAUUGUUUAUUCAACUGUAAAUGUAAGUUAUUUGUCAGUAUUUUAAGAUACCAGCUACUUGUUCUUUACAUACUGUGCUUUUUGUAUGGCUAUCUUUCUGUCAUAUUCUGAAAGAUUUGUUGGUAAAACUACUAAUCAGCUCUUGAAACUGCUCAUUGGUAUCAAUCAUCAUUUUAAAUAUAAAUGUGAGAGAAAGAUAACAGUCAUCUCAAAGCGCUGCCUGCAGUAAUGGCGAGAUGACAGUUGUACAAAUAGAGGUGUACUGUCGAAGCCUGAUACGCAGACGUAAAGGAAGAAGACGCACUAAAGAACCUGGUUCAUCUUUCUGUUAAUGACAAUCAGAGAAUUUGUAACAACAUAUACAAACUGCCAGAGUCUGAUUUCAUGGUUUACAUUUAAAAAUAUUUCUUUAAAUCAGGAAAAACUGUUUAUAAUGACUCAGUGUUUCCUGUGGAACUUGUGCUACACUUUAUAAAAGCAGCCCUUCAUGCUCAAAACAGCAGUUUGCUCUCAGCUGUACACAUUUAAGCUGCGUCAUCAGAUCCCUUCAGGACUGGUGCUGCAGAACUCCUGUGCCCACUUACACUUUCCUAUGUGCAAUGUCAAUUUGAAGAAGAAUGUUAAUUUAUACAGGAUUGUGUGUGUAUAUAUAUAAGGUGUUGGAGGUGUUUAAUAAGCAAUUGUACUAUGAUAAUUAUAUGGAAGUAUUUUUUUUAAUGAAAAUGUCCUAACAUUCCGUUUAUCAGCUCUUGAAGGUAUCAGAUAUGUUUAGUGGGAAUUUGGUGAAGAGUGGUAUUUUUUCCCAAACAAAAGGCAGUAACUCACAUGUUCACCCUGAGAAAAUAUUAAAUGAAGGAUCUUUGUGUCCCCGGCAAACAGAAUGUCAGACACUAUGGGAGUCAGGCUGCAGCCGUGUGGUCUGGUAGCUCAGCCAAAAACAAGAAAAUGUAAACCUGCACAUUUAUUUAGCUUUUUUUCAGUUUCAAUGACAGAUUUCUACCAUUUCUGUCGAAUGGUUUUUAAGAAAAAGUGCAAUUGUACAUCAGUCUCACUCUAUGUAUUCAGUCACACCCACAUUUGGUAUGGAAAAAGUUGAGUGAGUGACCAUUUGAUUUAAACUCAACCAGCAACACAGAGGUGCUAUAGAUGACUAAUGUGUUUUUCAUUCACUGGAAGAAGACACUCCUUUUCCUUUUAUCAGUAACCUUUAACCUUUCAGAGAAAUGCAGUAACAUUUCCUCUUGAGGUUGUUUACCAUCCGCAUUCAGAGAAGAUCUCAAAAUCAUCAUACUGCUUCGAGGUGGUUGAUGGAAGCGCCGCCCAGUAAAAAAAAGUGUAUUGCUUCACAGGUGUGAUUGUAAAUAAUGCAUCUGCUCUGACGGUACUGUUUUCUCCCUAGUCUCCCUGACAGCACCUUUUCUUCUGUUCUUCAACUCGAGUGCUUUCUUUUUUCAUGUUGUUUUUCAUUGAGUGUCAUUGUUUUUGAAGGCAUGUGAUUUGAAUCACAUAUACUUGUACUUUCUAAUAGUGACUGACACUUAUGAGCGUGGGCAGUGAGAUUAUUGCAUUCUGUGUAAGAUUUGCCUGAACAUGAACAAAACAGAAACGGUGCACAGCCAUUUCUUCAGUCUGAAUGCAGAAACAAACAUUUAAUGUUGUAUAAUAGAAUGUAAAAGUUAAAAAAAUAUAUAUAUAAUUGUUUAUUUUAUAUGUCUCAGAUUAUAUACGUAAAUUCAAUGAUUUAAAAUUAAAGUAAUUUUGUAACAGAUAA